AAAUAUUCAAAUAAUCCGCCGCGGGGGACAACACGACGGCCUUGACGACGCUGCAUGGCGCAGUAGGUGAACGUGAUACGAAGAAGAUACGAAGACGACAGGCAUCUUCACCCAACACACACGGGGGUACAAUGUCGGAUCAACCGCAGGACGAGGAGUCCAAGUACAACGACGAUAGCGCUGUGCUAGUGGAGAAAGUUCAACGACGACUCAAAGAGCGCGCAGCCGAACAACAUCGCGGUCGGACCAGCGCUGUGCUGGAACUCAAAGCCAACACGGAGAAAGCAUUUGCAGACUUGUGCGGGAAGAACGAGAAGCGGAAUGCCGAUGCCGACGCGUUGGCUCGAUCGCAAGACAGGGAGUUCCAAGAGUUGCUCGCGGCGGGUAAGAACCCGUACGAGGUCUUCCGCGCACGGGAGAUCGCCGCGCGGGCCGCGAAGAAACUAGCGACGCAGAAGAAGAAGAUCAAAGAGACGGAGAUGGACAUUGCCGCGCAUAUGGUGCACGAAGCCGCGCUCAGUCAAAAACGCGACGAAGCGGACAAGCGCCAUGCCGCGUACGUGCGCAAGUACCAAAAGGAACUCGGCCGAAAAGUCGUCGAGGACCGGACGCAGAAUUACAUGAUUUCACGCACAGGUGGCGAGCUGGUGGACCCGACCGGUCGGACCUUUCGCAUCGACCCGAGUCAGGUGACGGUGAUGAAGGAUCAUUCGUUUGGGUUGGGGAAAAGCAGCGUCAAGUCACGCGACCAGCGGGACAAGGUGAUCGACAUGGUGGCGGCCAAACCAGAGCACGCAAACGUUCAGAUCAACCCCCGUGGGUUGCCAAAACCUAAAGCAAAGCCACCAACCACCCCACACAACAACCAAGGGGGGGAGCCAGAGCUAUUGCUGCUGCCUCCGAUCGUAGAUCCUCCCGGGAAAGAGAUGGUCCACUUGCAUGGGGGGGGUAGUAGUACACCGCAGAAACCACACUCGCAUUUACCGAGCCUAGCUGCAAAACAGAAUGACGUGAAAAAGGGGUUUGGGGUGCCCAAGCGCAGCAAGUUGGAGGAACACAUGCGCGUCCAGGCCCUGGCCAAGCAGAAGGAGAACCUCAUCGAGAAGCAGAUCGUGUGGCGAAAGGAGUUUGUGGGCCGCGCCUUCUUGGCGGAUCCGGAGGUUCUUUGGUUCAAGGACUUUGAUGUGGGCCGCCCGCAGACGUUGCGGUUCACGCUCACGAACGUCAGCAACACAUUCAACCACUUCAAGCUACUGCCAUUUCCAGAUGACACGCGAGAUUUCUUUGACGUUCAGUACGACCUCCCGGGUCGAAUGAGUGCUGGCAUGACGUGUCACAUCCACGUGACGUUUUGUGCCAGAGUGAACCAGGACAUCGACGUGGAACUCCCUGCCGUGGCCAAGACGGGAUACUUCUCGAUUCCUGUGAAAUGCACCGCCAAGCGUGUCGUGCCCGUACUAAGUGCGUACAAUCUCACGUACUCCAAUAUUGUCGUGGGAGAAACCAGCAAGCAAGUCGUGAUCUUGCGGAAUGACGGCGCCCUUCCAGGCACGUUUCGCAUCGUAGCACCUGCCUCCACGAAGGCGACUACGGCAGCGGUGGUGGUAGAUGGAGGCUGUUUGGUUGACGAGUGUGCAGUUCCGGAUGCCGUUGAUCCUGUAGCCGCCGCCGAGGGCUCUGCAGUGGUCUUGGAAGGGUCGAUACAGCAGCCCGACGGCGACGACACUUGCGCGACAGUAGUCGACGAAGCGGCGUCGGCUUGCUACGCGUCAGAGGAAGCGCUACUGCAAUAUGCUUCGUCUGUUGGCCAAGUGAACCACGACAAAACCAUCCAAUCGAUCACGACGACGUGUGAAGGACAGGUGGAAGCGUACGGGUCGUGUCCCAUUGCGUUUACAUUUGCGCCGCACCGCACCGUGGCGGACCUGUGCCAGACGUUUCACGUGGUGUUUGAUUCGCCGAGCCAUGUGGCUCCGUUGGAGGUGACCGUGGUCGCCCAAGCGGUGGAAGUGCCGCUGUAUGUCGAACAUCCGAUCAUGGACUUCAAAUGUUGUGUGUAUGGCAAGCUGUACCGCAACAAGCUGAUCCUUCGCAACCGGGGCAAAGUCGCGAUGAAGUGCCAGCUCAAAGUGCCGCCGUAUUUGCACCAGUGUUUGGAAUUUCUACCGAACUUUGGCUUUGUCCAAGGCAGCCUUACCACAUCUACCACCACCACCGUCGUUGAGCCCGGCCGCUUGGAGAUUCAAGUCAAGUUCCGCCCCGUAGAAUCCAUCUGGCCAGCCGUGCUAAAACGGCGACUGGGAUGGAAGCAAGGCGACGUCGUGGCCCUUCCCCUGCAAGUGCUCGUGCCCGACCAAGUUCUUCCCGUGUACUUUGUCCUGCGGGUCCAGUUGACGUCGGGGGAGCUGCAAUUUUCGGCGCCGUCGCUCUCGUUCGGGCCGUGCAGUACCACACAAAGCGUGAGUCAGCGCCUCGUGCUCACCAACCCGUCGCGCCUGCCCCAAAAGUUUGGGUUUGUCCACAUCCCCCCGGAGAUUCGCGUCGAGCCCAACGACGGCUUCGGCACGCUCCUGCCCCUGGAAACGACCGCCGUGACCGUGUUUUACAGUCCCCUCUCGGCCACGGAAUUCAAGAGCUCGCUUACGUGUGCCACGACCUUGAAUCGGACGUACGAUAUCCCGUGCACGGGCCACGGGAUAUCGCCAGCGCUGCGGUUUUCCGAAACGGUCAUUACGAUGGGUGCCGUCCCGGUGGGCCAGUUCGUCGUCCAUAGCGUUGUGUGCACCAACAUGAGCGCCACGAGCCAGAAAAUGGAGAUUGCGCUGCCCCCCGAAGCUACCAACGUGCUGCACAUUCGACCACUGGUGGCCACCGUGGAAGCGCACAGUUCGAUCCGCAUCGAGUUUGAAUUCCGACCCAAGACUGUCGAAUCGUUUCAACCGGAAAAUCCUUCCGACGAUGGCGCGAAUGUCCACUUUCAAGUCAGCCGACCCGACGCCAUUCCCGGCCUCGUCCAUCCGUCGCACCACGAGGACGACCAAAGCCAACCCACCAAGUCAGAGCACUCGUGGAGUUAUGCGUUGCCGUCGGAGCCCAAGAGCUACCACGGCACGUACAACGUCUUUUGCUUUGUCGACGGAUGUGCAAGCCAAGGGCCCCAGAGUUUCCGCGUGAACGUGUCUGUGAUCGCCCCCGAAAUCUCUCUGAAACCGGACAAGAUCGAGUUUGGCCAAGUGGCGGUGGGGCAAACGGGGGUGAUGAAGCUCCAAGUGAUCAACAAUUCCGCCAUCGACCUCGACAUGACGAUGGUGCCGCUGCAUUCCGUCGGGCCGUUCUCCAUCCUCAACGCCCUGCGCGUCGUCAACGCACACGGCGGGCUUCGGACGAUACUUGUCGAGUUUGCCCCGUCGGCGCCCUUGAUCUUUCGAGAAGAUUUAGUCCUCCAGACGGCGCGAGGGGACAUGCGCGUGAGUCUCCACGGAGAGGGUGUCAGCCCCGUGCUGAGCAUCACGCCCGCCGACGGCAAAAUCCACUUCAAACCGGUGCUAGCAAGGGAAAAAGGGUACACGGAGUUUUCCCUCCUGAAUUCGUCGUUGUUUCCGUUAAAGUACACGAUCAAGUCGCUCGACAACGGCACCACCCACCCAAAUUUCAACCAAACCAGUGUAUUUUCGUGCAUUCCAAACGAAGCGUCGAUCCCGCCAGGUGAAACCCAGGUCGUGCGUGCCACGUUUAGUCCCGACCACGAACGGCCCACCGAGUACACGACAACGUUCCGUGUGGAUGUACCCAACCAAACCGAAGACCACGUGAUUGUGCUCCAGGGGCGAUGCUGGGAGUGCCAGACGUACAUGCUUCACCCCAACGCAUCUUCGCCUCCUCCAAAUGAAGACGUGUUCGAACUGCCGCUGCAUGUGUCGACCCCGCUGGCGCUGGCCGACUUUGUGAAGAAACCCCCGCGACUGAUUCAAGUCGAGUUUGGGUCGGAGGCCCACCUGCAACAUGUUGUCAUUGGCAGCAUCGGCCCCCAAGGCGACGAAGGACAUGCGCCGUCGUUCUCGGACGGCAAGAGCAGCACCCCCACGACGUUUGAGGUUGUGUUUGAAUCUGGCAACGGCAUCAGCUUGAUGGAAAAGUACCGCAAGUACUUUACAUUGGAGCCACUCAAAGGCACGGUGAGCCCUGGCCACGAAACCAGCCUCUCCAUCCAGUUCAAUCCCCACGUCGACGAUCACGAGAGCACAAACACCAGCAACAACACAAACGCUGGAUCGAGCGAACUGCGCAUCCUCCACUGGAUACGUGUCACUGCUCGAGUGACGUUGAAGGGGGGGUACAUUCCCCCAGUGUUGGGGGUCGUCGUGUCAGAGCAAGUCGUGCAGUUGGUACUAAAAGCCAGGGUGCUCACAUGACCAAGUACAUUAUGCUUUUACCUGUCGGUACAAGUGUUUUGUUCCUCGUAUG